UUUUUCAAUAUGACAGUUUAUGCUAUGAAAUUUUUGAUUUAUCAUUUUUUGAAGAUUUAUCAAAACUCGCUUUAGAAAUGGCAACCGUAAAUGUUCAACAACAAAAUAUAAGCGAUUAUUUAUCCAAAAAACAAAAAGAGAGUUCAAAAGAAUUGGUUACAGAAUGGGCUCAACUGGAAGAACUUCAUAAUAAAAGAUUAUGGCAUCAACUCACUUUAAAAUUACUCAGCCUUAUUAAGAACCCGGAAUUGCGGAAAGAUGAAAUCUUAAUACAGUUGUACAACAACUUUAUCCAAACAUUUGAAAACAAAAUAAACCCUUUGUCGCUUGUCGAAAUAAUCGCUGUGGUUAUCGAACAGUUUAAAGAUCCCAAAGAGGCCAUAUCUUUCCUUGAAAAAACCGAACCCAAGGUGAAAAUAAGCCCAGACGCGCAGAAUUUGUGUAAAGUUCUCGCUGGACAAUUGCACCUUGAAAAAUUAAAAGAUCUGAACGCAACCAAAAAAAUAAUCGAAGAAGUUGAGGCGACGUUGGAUAAUGCCGAUGGCGUAACUCCCGUGCACGGUCGAUUUUAUUUGCUUGCCUCGCAAUAUUACAGGAUACAAGGGGAUCAUGCUCAAUACUAUAGAACCGCUCUACGUUAUUUGGGUUGCAUUGAAUUGGACAGCUUAACAGAAGACACUAAAAUUCAGCAGGCGUUUUUCCUGGGACUCGCUGCAUUAUUAGGGGAAGGAGUUUACAAUUUGGGAGAACUUUUGGCUCAUCCUGUGUUAGAAACUUUGAAGUCAACAGAAAAUGGUUGGUUGGUCGAAUUGUUAUACGCUUUUAAUUCUGGCGAUAUCAACAAAUUCGAGCAGAUGAAACCAAAAUGGAGCACAAUUGCUGAUUUGGCAGCUCAUGAAUUAUUCCUGAGACAGAAGAUUUCGCUACUGUGCCUAAUGGAGAUGACAUUUAAGAGACCUUCUCACGAUAGACAGCUUACAUUUGCAGAAAUCGCGAAAGAAACCAAACUGCCCAUAAAUGAAAUUGAACUGCUGGUUAUGAAAGCACUUUCUCAAGGUUUAGUCAAGGGCGCAAUCGAUCAGGUCGCAAACACUGUAAACAUGACAUGGGUACAGCCGAGGGUCCUUGACAGGCCCCAGAUAUCUAUUAUGGUAGAAAGACUGAACGAGUGGUGCAAGUACGUCAACACCAUGGAGAAAUUGCUGGAAGAAAAGGCCAGUGAGAUUUUAACAUUGUAAACCAGUGAGCAAAAGUAUUUAUAAAUUUGUUUUUGUAAUUAAUUUAAUUAAUCCAUACCCUGUUCAUCAUAAAAUAAUACUUCAUUUUAUUAUUUCCUGGGAUUGUAUUUUUAUUUCUUUAGAAUAGGUACA